UAAUAUUUUUAUUAUUUUUAUUUGAUGGAUUAAAUCGGAUUAGAUAAUACAAAUAUUACAAAUAAAUUAGGUUUUUUAACACCCAUGUUAUAUAUUUAGCAAAUUAAAUACAGAUGCGUGAAAAAAUCACCCGAACCCGAUCCAUUGCCAUCCUAACGACAACCCAUAAUCGGCAGGUUACCUGUUACAUUUGCCUAAUUUCCUGUCAAAACCCCCCCAACAGCUAAAGUAGCCAUAGAAAUUCAUGAAUGGCCCAACAAAGACUACUAUAUCCAAAACAACCAAGCUCUUGCUCGCCCCUAAAACGACCCAAUACCAGUCUCUCUUAAAACACUAUGGAGCCGCUCAAUCCCUCACCAGUACAAAACAACUCCAUGCCCACCUCAUUACCUCUGGCCUUCUCUCCAUCGAUAUCCGGUCAGUCCUUGUCGCAACCUAUGCGCACUGUGGGUACGUUCAUAAUGCACGCAAACUGUUCGAUGAAUUGCGUCAACGAGGCACGCUCUUAUAUAAUUUCAUGAUUAAAAUGUAUAUAGCUAAGGGGGAUUAUUUUGAAGCGAUGAAGGUGUUUCUUGAAAUGCUUGGAUCAAAAGAUUGCUGCCCGGAUAAUUAUACAUACCCGUUUGUUAUUAAAGCCUGUAGUGAAUUGUUAUUGGUUGAAUAUGGUAGAGUGCUUCAUGGCCUGACGUUAGUGUCAAAGUUUGGUUCACACUUGUUUGUGCUGAAUUCUUUAUUGGCAAUGUAUAUGAAUUGUGGGGAGGUGGAGGAGGCAAGAAAAGUUUUUGAUGCAAUGAAAGAGAAGAGUGUGGUUUCUUGGAAUACGAUGAUAAAUGGGUAUUUCAAGAAUGGGUUUGCAAAUACUGCUUUGGUGGUUUUUAACCAAAUGGUGGAUUCUGGGGUUGAAAUUGAUGGUGCUAGUGUGGUUUCCGUGUUGCCGGCUUGUGGGUAUUUGAAGGAAUUGGAAGUGGGGAGAAGGGUUCAUGGAUUAGUGGAAGAGAAGGUUUUAGGUAAAAAGAUAGUGAGCAAUGCAUUGGUGGAUAUGUAUGCUAAGUGUGGUAGUAUGGAUGAGGCGAGAUUGGUUUUUGAUAACAUGGUUGAAAGGGAUGUAGUGAGUUGGACUUCAAUGAUUAAUGGGUACAUUUUGAAUGGUGAUGCGAAAAGUGCAUUAUCACUUUUUAAGAUUAUGCAGAUUGAAGGGUUACGACCCAAUUCAGUGACUAUAGCCUUGAUUCUUUUGGCUUGUGCUAGUUUGAAUAAUUUGAAGGACGGUCGUUGCUUGCAUGGUUGGGUGAUGAAGCAAAGGCUUUAUUCAGAAGUUGCUGUAGAGACUUCAUUGAUUGACAUGUAUGCAAAAUGCAAUUGUCUUGGCCUAAGUUUCUCAGUCUUUACUAGAACUUCAAGAAAGAAAACAGUUCCAUGGAAUGCAUUGCUCUCUGGUUGUGUUCAUAAUAAACUUGCAACCGAAGCAAUAGGACUUUUCAAGAAAAUGCUGAUGGAAGGAGUGGAAAUAAAUGCUGCAACAUGCAAUAGUCUCCUUCCUGCAUAUGGCAUUCUUGCUGAUCUGCAGCCUGUAAACAAUAUAAACAGUUAUCUAAUGAGGUCUGGGUUUGUUUCAAAUAUUCAAGUUGCCACAUCUCUGAUUGAUAUAUAUUCCAAGUGUGGAAGUUUAGAAUCUGCUCACAAGAUUUUUAAUACCAUCCCUGUAGAUGUCCAGGACAUUUUUGUGUGGAGUAUAAUUAUAGCUGGUUAUGGAAUGCAUGGACAUGGUGAGACUGCUGUUUCACUUUUCAAACAAAUGGUUCAGUCUGGGGUGAAGCCAAAUGAUGUUACUUUUACUUCAGUAUUGCAAUCUUGCAGCCAUGCUGGCAUGGUGGAUGAUGGCUUGUAUUUGUUCAAAUUCAUGCUCAAGGAUCACCAAACAAUCCCCAAUGAUGAUCAUUACACAUGCAUGGUUGAUUUGCUUGGUCGUGCUGGUCGAAUGGAUGAAGCUUAUGAUCUGAUAAAGACAAUGCCAUUUAUGCCAGGCCAUGCUGUUUGGGGUGCAUUGCUUGGUGCUUGUGUGAUGCAUGAAAAUGUUGAAUUGGGAGAGGUUGCAGCAAGAUGGCUUUUUGAGCUCGAGCCAGGUAACACAGGAAAUUAUGUGCUGCUGGCCAAACUUUAUGCUGCAUUGGGAAGGUGGGAAGAUGCAGAAAAUGUGAGACAAAGGAUGGAUGACAUAGGAUUAAGAAAAGCACCUGCCCACAGUCUGAUCGAGGCUGGAACUGUGAAUUGGUAACAUGCUAUCUAUAUCAAAUGGAUAAAAUAGUUAGCUUGCUAAUGCUAAUCUGCAGAGAUAAAUUUCCAUCCAAAGCUACAGUCAGCACAAGAAUUGAAGAGUAUAAUUGAAUGUGCUGAUUGCUUAGAAACCAUAUAUUAAAGAGACGUGAUUAAACCAAUGAUUUUCAAGUUCAGUGCAUCUAUUGACCUUAAAUUUUACCAGAUAAGGAAAUUGUAUGUCGAACCAAUUGGUGCAGCUUCUUUUCAUGGAAGAAUCGAUUGCCACCUUGAUUUUGAAGAAUGUGGCGAGCUCAAGUGGAAGAGAGAUCAGUGUCCAGGAGUGUUUAGUCUUUGGGAUUAGCCUUGUAGGGCUAGUAGAAUUACAUGAAAAUUAAGUAGGAUGACCCAUCAAUUGUACCAUAGUACAUUUUAUUGGCACGAGCUAUGGAGAUAGCCUUCUUGAUGUGGUUCAUGGCAUCCCUGAUCCCUUGACAAGAUGAUUGGUGUGACAAUGGCAAUGCUGAUGGAUUUUGUUAGUGUACUCUCAUCCUACCACCCUAUCGAUGAUUUUGCAUUGAGUUAUCAAUGCAACUUAUCAAAUAAUUUUCCAAGUUGAGUUGGUAUGGAUUCAACUUCAUGGAAUUGCAGCAGAUGUUGAUGUGAUAUUAUUAUUCAUUUAAGAUGGAUGUAGACUAAACACGGCGAUGGUGACUUCUUUUUAAGGGAAUGGUUUUGCUGGUUGUGAACUUCCUGCAAGAAAAAUAUGUAUGGCUUGGUAUCUCUUUCAUUUAUGAGGUUUGGUUGUUUCAUCUUGUUUUCAACUUUUCCAUCAAUGAAUUGAUUGCAUAUACAACGAAAUAAAAUGAAAGAGUCAGAAACACGGUGCAUUUGACAA